CAAUGGCACGGGGCUGCAUCUGAUGUCCAACGGGAGGGGACGGGAAGGGAAGUGAGGGCGGCACAUCCCUCCGCAGGACAGGGGGACACCUCAGCGGCAGAGACACCCCCCUCCCCCAAACUCCAGCCAUCGUCUACCUCCCCUCCCCACCAGACCCAACGUUAGAACCAAAAGCGAAGGCAAUGGAUUAAACAGUAUCUUUGAAAAAGAUUUACAAAUCGUUACUCCCUCCUUCCCACCCCUCACCCUCGCUAUCCCCCCCCCCCUCUCUAUUCCGUGUCUUGGCGCUGUGCAGAGGGAAAGAUGUAAGAAAGGAAGGAGGGGUGUGUGUGUGUGUGUGUGUGUGAGAAAGGAAAAGGGGGUGGGGGUGAGGUUUGGGAAAAGCCUUGGCUGCAUCCGAGAGAGAGGCGCGACACCUGCACUGGCAAGAAGCAGAGAAUUGUGGAGCUUGGACAGUGCCACGGGCCUUGCCCUCUUGACAGACCAGCCCCCUCCCCACCCCCUCCUCCCCCACCCCCUCCCCUGACUCUGCACCCUGCCAGUGGCAAUGCUGCAUUCGGAUCUACAGUGUGGCUGGGAACUGUGACUGAUGGAAUAAGGAAUAACAGACAAAAUUUAUGGAUGAACUGCAGGAAAAAGACCUGGAUGCACGAGACCCCAAAACAGCUCAACCCUACUGGGUCAAUGUAGACGGAGGAUCUUUCUGAAAACUGUUGGUGAGGGUGGUUACAUAAACAGUGCCUGUGCACCGGCGUCAUGCAGACUCUCAAUUCAUUGGCUAACUUUACAGGGAGAAUUUAAACCCAGCCAAUAUUUCAUGUUUGUCGAAGCACAGAACAUGGAAACAGCAGAAUCAUGUGGAGCAGGGAAAUUUAUGAAGUCUUACAGUGCGGCAGAUGCUGCCGUUACCUUAUCAUCUUUCACUUCACCAAAAGAAAAUGAACUUGGCCACAGGGUGUUAUCUUUACCAACUUCAAAAGAGGGCAGCACGUUGGACCCGCCCUCUCCUCUGAGACUAGCUGAUGUGCCUGAACAUACUUCAAAUGAUUCCUCUACACAUGCCAUUUCCCUUACAUCUUGUGUUACAAAGGGUGUGAGUUAUUUGUCCGUACCAGAGGAUUCUGACAAAGCCCCAUUUAGGUACACGGAGCCUAAAGGCAUUUCAUUGCUGUCUGACGAUUGUUUGAUGCAACAGAGCAGAACCUGUUUGGGCUGCUUCAUUGAAUCGAAAGAAAGCAUUGAUGCAGAGCCUGGAAUAAGCAUGAAGAUAGGUGACAUGAACAGGGAUUGUGACACCUGUUCUGUCUCCGAUAUAGGGAUUCAGUGCAUGAGUACAGGAGAAAGUGGAAGAUAUGGGGAUCAGCUGCUUUCAGACCAACUGUUAAGCUUUACCGUGCACAAGUCUAGGACUACAGACAAAAGAGAUGUGGAGAAAUCUGACAGUGAGUCAGAAGAUAUUACCCAAAAACAUUACUAUGAAGGAUUACUGCUGGACAAAUGCAAUGGAGAGGAAGCUUUACUAUCAAAUCCUAGUCAGGACUGGGCUUAUUUUGAGUCUUUUAUUAGUGAAAGCAAAAUAGAACUGCUUGACCUGUGCUCCAAAAAUGAGCUUUCAGUCAAUCUUUUUGCAGAGGAAGAAGUGGACAAUUACAUGUUUGAUGAUGAAUCGACUCUUAGCAGUGAUGUCUGCUCUUUAAAGAUUAGGUAUGAAUCUUUUCAAGACAAUGUCAGAGAAAAGACAAACGCACUUCAGGAAGAAGCGCAGUUAAGCUUUUUCCCGAACGUCAUUUCAAACUGCACAAAAAAGGAAGGCAAAGCCUCUGUAAAAAUGAAUUUAGAUGCAUCGCAAAUCAAAUCUGAUGAGAUUGACAUCUGGGAUGAUGAGGACCAAUCGGAAGAGAGAACAGGAUUGCAAAAGUACGGUAGCACCGUGGAUGUAAAGCUGUACGCAACUUCUAAGAGAAAUCAUUUCUUUGAAACAAACCACUCAGUAGAAGAUUCGGGAGAGUACAGUGAUGACAGCUAUGGAACAGAUUCCUCGUAUGACACCCUUAAAGGCAGCAUGGAUAGUACGGGGUAUCUCUCGAGACAAAAUGCAAAUUGCUCUGGGCAGCUAAAUUAUGCACUGCGUGCCAAAAGGAAAGUGCGGUAUAGUGAUGACUACCUGUACGAUGUUGACUCCAUAGAAAAUGAAAAGAUUUCGGGGAAGAAGGAAUGGGUAGCAGAUGGUCCUAAGAAGGAAGAUGAUGAUGAAUGGUGUCCACGAAAGCGUCGAAAAUCAGCUCGGAGGGGACCGCCGGUUAUUAUUAAAUACAUAAUUAUUAAUAGGUUCAAAGGUCAAAAGGAUAUGCGAGUGAAAGUAGGUAGAAUUGAUGCCACCCAGACAAGUGUUUGUCUAACAGAAGAAGCAUUAGGUAAAUAUGAAAAACUUGCACCUUUAAAGGAAUUUUGGCUCCAAAGACAACCUGAGCGAGUGUUGUCAGUGCGUACAGAGAGAAGGAAGAGGCUGCAUUUAAAUAGCUCGGUAUCUGAUGUGUUUCUUUCUCAUCCUGCCAAGAGGAAAAGCAAACAGUUUGCAAGCAGACACCGGGCUCGUAGGGUUCGGCUUGAGCUAGGUCCCAACAAGCAGAUUGCAUGCUCUUUUGAUCCAGUUGAAACUCAGAUGCUGACUCACGCUGGAAGAGAAGAGAUGGCGUUUGUAGACUCCCAGACAUUUGCAAUUGAAAUUCCUAGCUGCGAAAAUGGUUUGUGUUCCACCAACGUUACAUCAGGGACUGCUUCUAUGAGAGGCAAACCACAAGGGAAGUUUGAGAACAGAGUAAAGGAGAAGGGACGACUAAAGAGACUAAAGUUAAAGGCAGAAGCCAAACUGAGAAACACCAGCAAAAAGCACAAGAUGGCAGUAAAUGAUGACAUUGAGGCAACGACAAAUGCAAGCGAGAUGGAUUCAGCUGUAAAGAGGCAGAAUAGUUCAGGUAAUCUCCUGACUGAUGCUAUUCGUUGUGCUCCAGACAACACCCAUUCAUCUAAGUUGUGCCAUGCAAAGGCUGCUGCUAAGAAUUCUUCUUUCUCACCAGCCACCUGCUCGUCUGACAAGUCUGUGCCAUCUGCAAAUGCUGCAGCUACUAUGCAAGUAAUCCCUGGAGGGUAUUUGCAGACGCUGCUGGAAGCAUCUGAUUCCAUCAGCCACAACGGGCUCUCCUACUUCCCAAACCAUUCAGUCGUUGCUUCCAAGGCACAGGGCCAUUUUAACUCUUCAAACCUGACACAAAGCUGUGUGAUGUCCCCGCCCUCUGAAUCUGAGCAGCAGCAGUCCCCACUUUACCAGGAGGAAACGCCAUGCUUUGAAAAGUUGUGGCAUGCAAAACAGGAAUAUUCAGCUCUCAGAGCGCCUGCCAUUCUGUCAAUGAGUCUGGAUGGUGCAGUAUCACUGCCAGCAGAAGCUGCUAGCCUUUCAGGAACCAUUACUGAUACUUAUCAACAAAUAGAUAUGCAUAGUGAUGGGCUUGUGCUUAGCAAAAAUUAUUCCCACAACCAGCCACUGCAGUCAAAUACCAGCUAUCAAUCAUGCAUAAUAGAAGACAGUGAUGGCAAUUUUCAGCUCCAUCGAGAUUCAGUAGCUCCAGAUGACACCAGGCUCAUCAGUUUUGAUUCAGUGGGUUCUUUGUCAGCAAGCUCCAAUAAUUUUAGCUCUUUAAGUUUGAAGUCAUGUGAAAAUGAUGGCGAGGAUGAUAUGAGUGAUGACUUUUUGGCUCAUUGCAGCCCCAAGCUAGUAAUUCAGCAAAGCAUUGAUGAAGUUGCACCUCUGAAGGAAUCUGCAGACCUCCUUGACAUCUCAAACUUUACCCCCGAUCGAUUCAGGCAGGUGACACUCUCUGAGAUUUCUCCACCAAUUACACCUGAUCUUUCACCUGGAAUAGUGGGGCCAGAGGUCAAAACAAUAGGCAAACCCAAAGACUUUCAGGAACACGCUCAAGCAAUGCUUGGAGAGCCAACUGAAAUGAAAUGGGGUACAGUACCCCAAGCACACAAUCAGUCAACUGAGACAUUUAUUUUGAAUAAUCAUCAAUUUCAAUUUCAUUCCUUCAAUAAUGAAGAUACCAGUGAGCUGACUCAAAAGGAUCCAUUUGAAAAGCAAGCUGGUGUGGUGAAAGUAAGUAAUAACAGAGGUCAAAAAGCUAAAAGGAAAAGUACCUCCAGUAAACAUGUGAGCCCAAACCAAAGCUCAACUCCAAAAGGUGCGAAAAAACCAAGGAAGCCAAAAUCUGCUAAAGCUACGGAGAAAACUCAAAGCAGAAGUAACCUGCGUCAGAAUCCUGGGACUUCCAAAACCCCCAAAAAAUCGACCAGUGCCACACACCCUAAAAGGAACGAUCAGGUACAGCUACCUACUGCCAACACCAAGUCAUUGGAUGCUCUUGUUAGUAAAAACAGCAUAUCUCCUUGUGUCCAGUUGCUAAAUGAGUCCUUUCCACAUCGUGCUCCUGGUGCUGUACGGGGUAGAAAACAAACUGGGGGUAACAGUACCUGGCCUUUGAGUAAAAAGACCAGUGAAGGUUGGGCUGGGCACAAUGCUACCAACAGUAAUAACCUGUUAGUUGACGAUCAGAGGGAAUUUGAAGAACCAAGUAACAUACUUUCUAACAUUGCCUCUGGAAUGGCUGAAGUCCAGCGUUUUAUGAUGGCUUCUAUUGAACCAAUAUGGAGCCCUGGAAGCCAUAACAUUGUCUCAGCUACAUGCCAGUCCGUUGAGGCAAAUAGCCUGAAGUGGAAAACCUUGAAUAUUUUGGGUGGUACCACGUCAGAAUCAAAAAGGAAAUCAAAUAGUUCUUUGCCUGCUAAAAACAGGAGAGCGACAGCCAAGGCCUUAUGUAAUAAAAAUCCUGCAAAAUGCACAGUUCCUCAUACUACUGCACCAACCGGUCCUAACAAUGAAUUUAAUUUCAGUUCUGGCAUACGAAGUGGCAUUUUUGACAGAAGCUCUGAAACUUCAAGUAUUCCUGCCAGUAAUGGCCCCAUCCACAAAAAAAUGUACCGUCACAAAGCAACAUUAAAAUUGUCAGGAGAUGAAAAGAUUAAGGUAAAGAGAGCAGAGCGUGAACAGCAGCACAAGAACCCAUUUGUGACAGCCUCUCUUGAAAAACUGAGUAAUAUUAUGGCAAGUCCCUUGAAGCACCUGCAGCUCACUGUGGAUUAUGACACCUCAAUGAUUACCAAAACACUGACGGCUAACAAGUUCAGCAGUGGUUCCACUUUGCCAAAUAUGCUUACCUCAUCUGCUUGGCAACACGCAAACUCACUCUGGGGAGUCUAGAUGGAAUUAACUGGUUUGUGUUCAAUCUGAGCUUUAUCGAAAGUUCGAACAAGGGGUAUAUACUGUUUGGACCAAGUCUGAGGAAAGAGGGAAGUGCCAUCCGUGUGCUGAAUGGAUAUAGUCCUACUGUGUGAUGAUGGUCAUGAUGGAUAAUUGGAGUUCACUAAGUCAAACACCAGGACCCAGGGUGAAACUCAAUGGGUUGCUACAGUGAACUCAGCUGCCUACAGUUCUGGCCAUUAUUUUGCUUAUUGCCUUUCAAACUUCUACCUUCUGAGAUUUGAAUGUACAUACAGAGCUUAAAAGAGAAGCAGAGAUACCACUGAGCUGCUCGUGUUUCAUGGUGCUAAAAGAGAUGCAUUUCCUAAAUUGAAAGGGAGAAAUAAAAACUCACAGAAUGUAAAAAUAAAAUGUUUUGAGAUGUAUCACAGUACAAUGCUAAAACAUUUUAGUAUUGUUUGCCUUUCUUUAGAAUGAGCUUUAUAAAUAUUGAUCUGUAGAGUUAAAAAAAAAUUCUAAAUGAACUUUGACGUCUAUAAAUUCUUGUAUAUUUUUCAGUGUGCCAAUUUGUAAUAUAUUUUGUAAGUGUAUAUUUUUCUUAGAAGUGAUGUGAUGUGUUUGGAUGUGCGCGUAACCCUCUUAUUCCUCAGGGUGUUAAUAAAAGGACGUAGAGUUACAUUAACUGCUCUGGAAAACCAAAAUACCGAAGAGAGAGAGAGAGUGAGAGAGAGAGAGCGAGAGAGAGAGAAAAGGCAAGCAUUUUGUGGAGGUUUUGUAAUAAGCUGAAUUCUGUUGUGAAAGAGUGUAGUGAAACAGUGAAAAAAAACUCAAAAAAUGUUUGCAAAAAAAAUCGUGGGCUCUUUGCUGUUUUAUAGACCCCUUUCUCUUGUAAAUUAUUCUGACCUUCAGUUUUUGUUGUAAUUGUUGCAGAGGUUUUAAAUAUUUGUGCUUUCAAAUGCUGUACGGUACAUGUAAAUGUCAUUCUUGUUAACUUGAUGAGUUUUUGUAAUACUGUCAUUUAUCGAAUAAAUGUAAAACACAGAAAUUAACAUUUUGAAAGAAUGACUCUAUGAAGACUGCUCAAGCUAUUGUUCAGAAACAGAUCUGCAUCAAAAAAUUUAGCUAAUUGACAUUUUUGGUGUAAAUUACUUUUUUAAAUAAAAGUUGUUCGAAGUCAAACACACUACAUUUUUACAGUACUUGGAAAAUAUGUUUUGUUGUUUUUAUGGUGUUGAUGCUGAUAGAAUUCUAAUUUUUAAAUCCUGUUUUUGCUACUGAAUGCCAUUCCCAAAAAGGCAGCUUUAAUCUUAUUAUUUAAAGCUGCAGUAUGUUAUAUGAAAUACAAAAUACAUAUAUGUAAAAUAUAUUUUGAAAGUGGCACGUGUCACACAUUUGUUACCUGUCCAGUACAAGUUGUUUUGCUUAUCUAAUAUAUAGUGUUGAUAAUUUUACAAUAAUGAACAUGUUCCUAUUUUUCAGUUUCAUCUGGCUCUUUUUCUUGCAUAAUACCGGAGGACUUUUAUCACAACUGUUGUUUUGUGCCCAUUGCAUGUCAAAUGGCUUCUUCCCCCACGCCCCCCACAAAAAAAUUACUGUUGUGGAUAAUUGCAAGGUCAGUAGAUUAAGUGGUGUGUUUUACAGCAUGCUGUUAUCCCUAAGCACUUGUUUUUAAAGAAACACCAUAUAUUAUAUAAGCUUACAAUUGUGUUGGAGUGAGUUGCAGAAUGUAGCACAGUCAGAAGGUUCAUACACCACUCAGAGGGUACUUGACACUUGCUUUUGUGGGACUUGAUGCAAAUUCAGUAAUAUGUAGUAUGACCUUUGUAACAUGUUCCAAAUCUGUAUAUUUAACCAUAUUUUACAAUGAGUAUAUAUAGUAAAAUAUGGAUCUAUCUGUUGUAAAACUGCUGUAAGAAAAUGUGAUUAUAUACUUCAGGUGACAUGCAGAAUAUGUAAAACUGAAUGAAACGUUUGAUAUUUGUUUCUUUCCUGCUGCCUUUUCUUUUUUUAAAAAACAAUUGCAUUCAUAUCAAGUAAUUAUAAUUUUGAAUUAUAUAAUGUAUUGCAGUUUUAAAUCUACUUUGAAGGGAAAUUCAGAAGAAUACAGGAAAUGCUCUAAAUAGCACUGUCUCUGUAAGCUUAUUAAUGAACCCAUUGGGUUUAAUUUUCAGUAGUUGUUUGAGUGUGUGUUUGA